AUGGGGUCUAAGCAGCUAAGUGAAGACUGCCAAGAGGUUGUCCGAGCCAGCUCUACAGUGAUGGCGGAUGCCAUUAGUGAAAAUUACCUCAAUCUCCCGGAAGGACCCCAACCCCGAAUCAAACAGCUGUCCCGGGCGAGUGAACGGCCCCGAGCGAGUGGAGGGCCCCGGGGCACCGCAAGUCACGCAUUGGAGCCAAAGACGAGUGUACAGCUGAAUAUAAAGCCGGACGUGAACUCGAGUGUGAAGCGGAACUUUUUCGACAAGGACGUUGACAGGAAAGACUUUGCCCGGAAAGACGUUGAAGACGAGCUGGAUGACGACGAGCUUGAAGAGACGGAAGAUGAGUUGGACGAUGCAGAUGAGGCGGUUCCCUGGGACAAUGUUUGCGGGAGGCGGGAGCACAGGCCCCACACGACGGAGCGGUGGGUGGAUCGAUGGGCAAAAGGGAGCGGCGGUGCAGGUUCGCUCUCCGGUGCAGGUUUGAGCACGGUAGCAGACGCCUGGUACUUACGAGAAAACUCCGGCUCAGACACUCAGGUUGUGCCAGCCUGUCCGAAGAUCGUACGGGCCCAGAGCCGACCAAAGCUAAGCCCAACUCCGCGGCCGCGACAGAGACGACCUGUAAAGUCUUCGCUGAAGACUUCCGCACGCCGCGAACUGAGCACCACGCGAAUCAAGUUCGAGACCAGUUCUGGAGGAGGCCGAGACUUGGUACACUAUCCUAUGCGGAGUCUGCGAAGCAGUCAGUCCGUUGCGGAACCGUUGUGGCCGAGGGGACGGAGCGAAGACUGGGAACAGUUCGACGCGGACCUCUGGACGCAUAGGCCCAAGAGCGAAGGCGAGUGGAUGGUCCAAACUACCCUGAGCAGCCAUGGAGGUAUCUCGCAUGGAGGUACCUCCCAUGCCUCUCACGGAGGAGUCAAUCGUGGCUCGCAUGGUGGAAUCUCUCAUGGUGCGCAUGGAGGAAUGUCUCAGGUAGGAAUGUCUCAGGUAGGAAUGUCUCGCGGUGCACCGUUUCAUUCGCAGGGAGGCAGUGCCGUAUAUUUCAACCCCACUCUCUCCGCCAUCUCGCCGCCACAUUCCAGCAUUUCCUCUACCGAAGAGACCGACCCCAGCCAGCUGCCCCAACACGAUGAGCGCAGCUCGGGCUCCCAACUAUGCGAAUCUCACGUCAGCGAUAGAUCGCGGCUCUGUUCCACUUGCCGUACUCAUUACACCGCAAAUCCACUGCCCUCCGGCGAGGAGUGCCGAGACAUGUCUAGAAAGGCGUCUCGAGACAUAUCCGAAGACGAGAUGAUUAAAUUCAGAGCCGAAAAUCGUGUGCACACACUUUCUGCGCAAACACAAUCUGCGCGAACAAAUGGCGAGCUAGCAAAUGGCGCGCAAUCAAGUUCUCCCCAUACGGCAUCUAGGGGAGGACCUAUGUCGGAUGCGUGCCAGGCGUAUAACGAUCCGGACUGCAGCUCGGCCUCGAUGAAGCAGCCGAGUGGUUCGUCGUUGUCCGAUGUCUGCUCGGGCCCCCCGGGUGACGCCGGAUCGUCCCGGCACGGUGAAGCCGGAUCGUCCCCUCAUGUGUGUUGCAAGUGUGCUCGGCGUAUUGGGCAUUCUGGUGGCUCACUAUUUGAUGGCCAUCAGCCCCAAGAAUCUUUGGGAAGUUUGUAUAUUCCUUCGGGACGGUUUGUUCUGGACGGCGACGACACCCCGACUACCCGGACAGGAACCACGCCGCAGUGCGGGGGAUCUACGCCGCCGUGCGGAGCAAUCUUACAGAGUAAUCUGCUGAACUGUAUGGAAGAUGAGGGAAAGUUAGACCCUAAGGGAAACCUCCUUCACAAUAAAGACAACGAUCAUGGAAACGAGUUUGGAGGAGGGAUGGAGUGGCAGGGUGCCAGACGGCGGGGGGCGAGAUCUGUUGGUGGGAGCGUCUCUGUGGGACAGAGAAGCAGCAGGUCCACCACCAGCGGGGCGAUGCGCAGCAAAACCGCAACGGACGCUCGUGAGUGCAGCUGUUGUGGCUACAACCUUACCGCCUCUUCCCUCGCUCCCAGCUGCGCGUCCAGCUCUGCAGCGAACUUUACAAGUUUCGUGGACCAAGGGGUGGAUGAACAGGAAGCGGCCAAACCGGAUGGGGGAGAACCGGCAAGGCCCGAAGAGCGCAUAAAACUGAGCCGGAUCCAAAGCGUGGGAGUGCAGACGAGUGCUAUUGAAGACGCGAACAUGCCGCUGAACCGAUGGCCGCAGCAAGAUCCGACCUCAGUCCGCCACCUGGAACAAGACCCGGGUAAAAACGUCGUUACUGAUCAACCCUCUACGGGGACCAUCCCACACGCUGACCGAACCGGAACCGAACUGGUCGGGGCCGACCUGGCCACCGGCGAUCUGGCUGGAGACGGGCUGACGGAGGCCGCCCCGACCGAAGUCGCUGGCGAGACGACAGUGGCGGAUUUGACACCGACGCCGGUGGCGCGGCGGCGGUGGCGCGUGUCGCCGUGUGCGCGCGUGGUGGAGUUGCAGACGCGGUUGGAAGAGCGCGCGU